AUGCAGUUUACAACUAUCGCCGCCGCCUGCCUCUUCUCUCAGGUUGCCUUCGCCCUCAAAUGCAAUAUAUCCAUCCUUAAAGACGGCGAAUAUUUUACACAGAAGCAGGAGAUUGCCGGUUGGGAAGUAAAGUUUGAAGAUCGCAACGGAAAUUUUGUGGGCAAAUGCAAAAACGCCCACACCUACGCCUGCACCUAUGUAACAUGCAAAGACUUAGCACCAGGUUAUUCUCCGGGAAAAUCUUGGAACGUUGUGGCCAGCGGGAACGUUGGCUCGCUUGGCUCUGACCCUUCUUCAUCUUAA